AUGUAUAACAAUUUUCAAUAUCUUGUAUUAUUAGUAUUAAUAGCAAUUAGAUAUAACCAUCACGAGUUUAUUCAUCAUGCUUUGUAUCAUACCAGUUUCCCAAAUUUAGUUACGGGAACGAGUCCUGUCAUAGCCGAAUGUCAACAGCAGCACCAAUUCAAAAGUUGUUCCUCUAAUUGCGCAUCCACCUUGCAUGCUUUUCGUCUUAUUGUACCUCGACAACAAGCAACAGCUGUAAAAGAUGUAGCAUGCCAGUGUGAUGAUGGUGACAGUAAUGAUAACAAUGAUAACAAUGGCAGUAAUUGUGGUUGCAGCUCAAAUGAUGGUUUUUUUCCAUCGUUAUCGUUACCUGUUAAAAUCGGCGUUUUAUACAAAAGACAGCUGGUAACAUUUCAUCCAACGUUAAGUUGCAUGAAACUGUUGAACGACUUAGAAAGUGAAAAUGCACCAUUGUUUGCUGGUGCUAUCUGUGAGUCUUCGCUGUCAUCUCUGGCGCAAUCAAACGGACAGAAGACGCUUGAGUACUUAGAUUGUCGCAAUCAUGCUCCUGUGACUUCUGGUGCUACCGCUCACAUUACGCCAUUACCGGUUACGGUAACAACCACUGAGACUAUUACUGAACAGCAUGAAUCAAAAAGUGCUUUUACGGCUACUGUCAACGACAUUCCAACUAGGAAAAUGACGUUGGCAUCAUCUUAUGAUGUCACCGUCGUUCGGGUUCGACGCCUAACAUUAUCACGUUCGGCUAGUGAUUCUAAAUUGUGCAUCGGAACUGGGCCACAGCCAGAACUUGGGCUGGCUGACAUCCAACCAUGUGACGCACGUUGUAAAGCUGUUGAUGAAUUAAGUCGUGUAACUGCAGAUAUCGCUGCCGAGAAUCCAGAUAUAAUCCGUUUCCAACAAGUACUCAAUUCAUGGCUGUAUAGAAUUACCAUAGAACGUCAACUAAAAAUUGUUCGAACUGGUAGGGAGAUGAAGUGCUUGCCUCCAAUAUUGGCUCCACUUGAUCUUCGCGUAGAAAGCGUUUGA